AUGAACUCCAACCAAGACUUCACCCCCACCUUUGACGAGUACGGGGCCGACAAUCUCACCGACGUCCAUCCCGAGGCCACCACCUCCAACGAUGACAAUCUCAAGAACAAGGACCCCCUGCACGCGCAGUCGCCCGUCUACGUCAAGCCGUUCGAUAAGGGCGAUCUGCAGCCGUCGUACGCCAACGAGAUCCCCGUGCAGCACUGGGGAUGGUACGAGUCUUUCAUCGACACCAUCGGAGGCAUCAUGGGUGGCCUGGGAACAAUUCCCUGCUGUUUCUGUUGCCCCAACCCGUUCAAGUCCGUGCACCAGGGCCAGGUUGGUCUCGUGACCAAGUUUGGCCAGUUCUACAAGUCCGUGGACCCCGGACUCACCAAGGUCAAUGUUCUUUCCGAGAAGCUGCACUUUGUGGACGUGAUGGUACAGGUUCUGGACGUGCCCCACCAGCAGGCCAUGACCAAGGACAACGUCAGCAUCACACUUUCUUCGGUGCUUUUCUACCACGUGGUCGCUCCCCACAAGGCCAAGUUUGGCGUCAACAACGUGAUUCAGGCGCUCCAGGAGCGGACCCAGACUACUCUGCGACUUGUGGUCGGAUCCAGACCUCUGCAGGACAUGAUUGAAAAACGAGAAGAGGUGGCUGCUUCUAUCCAGGCCAUUAUUGAAGAGCGAGUCGCCGACUGGGGAAUCAAGGUCGAGUCCAUUCUCAUCAAGGACAUUGUGCUGUCCCAGGAGCUGCAGGACUCGCUUGCGCUUGCUGCCAAGUCCCGACGAGCCGGAGAGUCCAAGAUUAUCAACGCCCGGGCCGAAGUCGAGUCUGCCAAGCUCAUGCGAAAGGCUGCCGACAUUCUUGCCUCCAAGGCCGCUAUGCAGAUUCGAUACCUGGACGCCAUGCAGAACAUGUCUCGAAGCGCCAACUCCAAGGUCAUUUUCAUGCCCUCUGCCGGCGCCAUUGAGAACAUUGCUGAUCAGGCGGGAGCCGGAUCUUCGAAAGACGACGACCUGACUAAUACCGCAGUCAACCAGACCGCCAUGUUCGAGGCUCAGUUUGACCGGGUUUGA